AUGAAGAGCGUUGAAUUUGAAGCAAAUUCAAGUUCACACGGAAAUGAAUUAAAUGAAGAUGAUAUUAAUAAAUGCAUUUUAAAUAAAUUAAAUUUAAUUUUUAAUAACAAUAUUAAAUCUAUAUCACAAGAUGAUGAUAAAUUAAUUGAACACGAAUUGAAUCGAAAGGAAAAAACUAAUGAAAUAAGUGAAAUUAAUACAGUAAAUAAUGACACUACUGUCACAAAUGCGAUUGAUAAGCAAAAUAAAUUUAUAAAAAAAAAUAGUUUAAAUGCUGUUGAUCAAAAUAAUAAUGCAUAUAAUGAAGAAAUAAAUAAUUCGAACAGUCUUGAUUCAAAUAACAAUAAUAAUACAAAUAGUGAUGUUACUAGUACCAAUACGAUUGGUAAACAAAAUAUAGCUAUAAAAAAAAGCAGUUUAAAUACUACUGACUCAAAUGACAAUGCAUCUAGCGAAGGAAUAAAUAAUUUAAAUAUUCUUGAAUCAAACAAUAACAAUGCAUGUUGUAAUAUUGAUAAAAAUGCCACAACAAUAAGUAAUACCAAUGGAAAUAGCACUAAUGCUAGUGGUAGUAGCAAACAUACCAUUGAUAAAAACAAUCCUAAUAUUGUAGAUAUAAAUGACACACAUGUAGAUGAUCAAAAUAGUUUUAUAAAUUCGAUUGAAAGAGAUUGCUCCACAAUUGCUAUUAUAAACAAUGGUAACAAUACUGAUAAUACAAUCAGGGAUGCCAAUAAUAUCGACAAUAUUAACAGUGAUCUUAACACGAGAAGUAUCAGCAUUCUUAAUCAACUAAAAAGAGAGAAUUUAUCUGAAAAUGUGAGCGUAAUAAGCAUUGGCGAUUUAUAUAAAUUAAGUUGUGAUGCUUGCUUAAGUAUUGAAUCUAUAAUGAAAAAAAAAAACCUGGGUGAAUUAUUAGCAGGGGAAAAUAAUUGUAAUAAUAAUAUUAAUAAAAAAAAUGAAAGGUGGAAAAGAUAUAUAAAAUGUAUUGAGCCAUUUUUAGACGUUCAUACAAUAAUUAAUUUAAGUCAGACAUGCAAAUUUUUGUAUAAAAGAAAAUACAAAGUAUGGAAUAAUAGAUUAAUAUUCAACAGUUAUUUAGGUUACAAUCCUAAAGUAUUAUAUACAUAUGUAUUCCCAACAAUUUAUAGGCAUAUUCAUAGAUCUGUUAGAAGAAGACUUUGUUUAGAUUUUACUCUUUGCACUUUAAUUAAAGAUAUAACAGUUACUAAUAUAUUGAAUCAAAUAUAUAAUUUUGAUUCAUUAAAUACAAAGCAUUUAUUUAUUUAUAAUUUACAAGAAAUAUAUUUUGAUUAUUGUCAUAAUUUAACUGAUAAAACUUUAGAAGUUUUAGCACAAACAAGGCUUCCUUCAUUGAAAACGUUAAGUAUUAAAUGUGUCAGAAAUAAAUAUUUAACUUGUGCGCCUUUAACUGUUAUGCUAAAAAAGCAAAAUUGGCCAAUCUUUACAAAUUUUAUUUGUUCAUUUUCAAAUUCAUGGUUGGAACCAAUUUUUAUUAUAUCUAAUUUUAUAGUUAAUAGAGCAAAUAAUCAAAAUCAUUUAAUUUAUCAUAAAUUAAAAAAUUUAAGAAAAACUUUAGAAAAUAUGAAAAAUUUUGAUAGUACCCAUAAUAAUGUUAAUACAUCUUUGGGUACUUCGAUAGACGAAAGUAAUAAAAAAAUUAUUAAUGAAAAUAAUAAAUAUAAUUUUAUGAGUUUACAAAGCUGUGUAGAUGCAAGUAGCUUAUACAAAUUAAAUAUAAAUGAUUAUUCAUCUACUACUAACAAUCAUCAUACUAAUAAUAAUAAAAAAUUCAAAUCAGCACUUAAUAGUGAAACUGAAUUUAGUAUUAGCCAAUCUGAAACAAAUAAUAAUUUUAGUCUUUUUAAUAAUUUUCUAUAUAACACUAUGAGACAUUUUGGAUAUUCGUCGAGACUUUCAAAUAAUUUUAAUUAUAAAGAUUAUAAUAAUACUUAUCCACAAAAAAAUUCCAUUGUAAAUAGAAAGGAUGACACAAAUAAUUCUCAUAGUUCAAAUGGAAGUGUAUCUAACAAUAAUAGUAAUGUUAACAAUUCCAUGAGCAAUUUCACAGGUGUUACUUCGAAAAAAAACAUGAAUAUAUCCAUAAAUAUCGAUACAAGUAAUAUAAAUGCAAAUGAACAAGGCCCAAAUAAACAAAACAAUAUAGACAAUCUUCAUCCUGCAGGGCAUUCUGUAUCGACUGGCAAGUUUCAUAUCUCUUUGAGCAACAAUGGUAAUAUUGGCUGUGAUGGAAAUGCAUCAUCCCUAAUUUCAAAAUCAGAGCCUAACGUAAAUGCUGGGAAUACUAUUUGUGAAAUGAAAGGACAAAUAAAUGAUGGUAGUGGUGAGAAAGAUGCGAAUAAUUAUAGUAAUAAUUCUACAGCUGAAGAAAUUGAAAAUAUGAUUCCAAAUAGUGAUAAUAAAGGAAAUGAUUCCUUUUCAUGGGCCUGCAAAAUGCGGAAUACUGAUGGGGUUCUUACAGAGUCGGAAAAUAAAAGAAGUAAAAGAAAAAGUCGAGAUAAAGAAUCUUUUGAAAAUGAUGGAGAAGAGAAAAAAGUUCCUAAAAUAAGAGAUGAAGAAAAAAAUAAUGAAAAAUCAAAUUUCGAAGAAUAUACAGAAGAUAGUUUACUACAAGAUGGUAAUGAUACAAAAGAUAAUAUGAAAAAUAAAAAUAUGGUAAAAAAAGAUUUAAUAGAAGAAAAAAAAAGUAGAAAUAGUUUUAAUAAUAAAAAAAACAAAUUAUUAACAGCAGAAAAUAUAUUUUGUAUGAAUAUAUUACAUAAUAAUGUAAAUACAUUUGAUGAAGAAGAAGAAGAUGAUGAUGACGAUGAAGAAAACAAUUUGAAUAAAUGCAAAUGCAAUGGAAAUUCAUGUAUAUAUACCCCUGAUGAAAUAAAUUUUAAAUGUGAUUGUGAUGAUUGCCCAUUUGCUAAUGGAUAUAAAAAUUUAAUUAGUGUUGAUGAUCCAUAUAUACAAUCCCAUUUUGUUCAUCCCAAUUUAGAUAUUUUAGGAUCAUGGGGUAGUAAGUGUUUUUUAGAAAGUAUAGGAUUAGACAUAUAUGUAAAGGGUUACAGUGUUGCAUUAAAAAAUGAAAAUGUAAAAAUUUGCGUUAAAUUAAGUAAAAAAAUUCAAGAUGAAUUAUACGAACUAAGUAAAAGUGAAAAAUAUAAAAAUAAUAAUUUAGUAUAUUUAUUAAGAGAUAAAGGUAGUGAACUUUUAUCAAAUACACCAUUAACUAUUGAAACCGAUGAAAAUGGUGGAAUUGAUAUAUGGACUUUACCAAUAUCUUUAGCCAUUAGUAAGAAGAAUAGAUAUUUAUUUUAUUUAGUUUUAAAGGGAGGUGCAAAAGUUGAUAUAUGGGAUUAUCUUGGGAAAUCUCCUUUGUAUAUAGCCUGUGAAAAUGAGUGUAAAGAGUUUGUUGAAGUUUUAAUAGAUGAGCGAAGAAAUAGAAAAAAAAAAAAUAAUAUAAUGCAAUGCUACUCUAAAGGUUUAUAUAAUAUAGAUAGAGAAGAUUCAAUAGCUAAUUGUCAUGGAAAGAAUAUAUGUGUCGAUGAUUUGAAUAAAAAAAUGUCCUAUAGUAAUGAAGACAUUAAGAAAAUGAGUAUUACAGAAUUGGGGAAAGUUGCAGAUUCCGAAACGGUGAACAAUGGAAAUAAUAUUAACAGUAACACUGUUAUCGCGAAUCAUAUUAACGAUAAUAAUAAUAUUAACGGAAAUAAUAACGUUAUUAACAAUGGAGAAGAUUUUAAAAGGAUCGAUACUUCCAAUCCCUUUAAAAAUGAGCCAAGGUAUGAAACUAGAAAUGAUGUAUCAUCUUUAUGGGGAAUACAUCACAAUUCAAAUGGCAGGAAUAAUGGAAAUAGUAACACUAGUAGGAGUAAUAUAGAAAAACGACUUAGUGAAAAAAUAAAUGAAACACAAAAAGAUAAUAAUAUAAAUGAAAAGGAAAGUUCAAAUAAAGAAUUAGUGCCCAAUAAUGUAAACAUUGAUAUAAAUAAUUCAUAUGAAAUAAAUAAUUCAUAUGAUUUUGAUGCACCAAAUUUCGAAGGAAUAAAAAAAAAUGAUAAUUUUAAUAAUUUAUGUAUAAGUCCAUAUGGUAAUAAAUGUGAUAAUUAUUAUGUUACAUAUCCUAUUGAUAUAGAAAAUGGAUAUAUACCUUUAAAUAUUGCUAUUAAAAAAAAAAACUUUUCAAUAGUUAAUUCAUUAGUUGAAAGUGGAGAAAGAUUAGAUAUUAAGUGCCCAUAUGUAAGAGAUUAUAAAUCUCCAUUAUAUUUAGCAUGUGAAAAUAAUAUAAGUGAAAUUAUACAAUUAUUAUUAGAAAAAAAAGCAAAUCCUAAUUGGUGUUAUCAUAAUAAAUUUACCCCCAUUCUAUUGGCUUAUAAUUUAAAUAAAGCAUGGGUUAAUCAUUUUCUUGAUGCUGGGGCAGGAGAAAAAGCAUGUGAUAGACAUAUUUUAACAGAAUUAAUUUCAUGUGCUAUAUUUAAAAAGGACUUAUCUACAGUUCAAUUAUUAUUAAAGAAAUAUCCCCAACUAUUACAAAAAGGACAUAAAUUAUGGUCUUUACCAUUUAUUCAAGCAGCUAAAUUAGAACGAUUAAAUAUAUUAAAAUAUUUAUAUUCAUUAAAAAAAGAAAUAAUUAAUCAGUUGGAUGCUAAUAAUGUAUUGUCACCUAUACAUGCUGCUGCAGAAGAAGGAAAUGUUGAAAUUAUAAAAUUUUUGAUAGAAAAUGAUGUUAAUAUAAAUUUAACAAAUAAAUAUCACCAAAAUGCUUUACAUAUUGCCUGCUUAGAAAAUCAAGAAAAAGUUGCACAGUUAUUAAUAGCAAAUAAUGUCGAUGUUAAUUGCAAAGAUAAUAUAAAUGGAGAAUGCCCAUUAAUGAUUUGUAUCAGAACAAGAAAUGAAAAUUUAGCUAUGUUAAUAUUAAAUGAAAGUAAAAAUAUUAAUUAUAAUUUAACAAAUAUCCAUGGAGAAACUUCUUUAAUUUAUUCAAUAUUCUAUGGAUUAUAUGAUGUAGCUGAUAUAUUGAUGGCAAGAGGCGCUGAUGCUUCGGUAAGAGAUAUUAAUGGAGAUAAAUCUUACAACGUCGCAUGUGAGCGUGUCUUAUCUAAUAGAGCUUGUAAAAACGUUUUGAAAAAAUUUCUUAAAUUAUAUAGAUCACAAAAUAAAAAUUUCUUACCCCAAAAAAAUAAAAUUAAUAAAAAAAACAAAUUUUACCAAUCUUACCAAACUAUAAACCAAAGUUUUUUUAGUAUAUUUCGUAUUAAAAAAGAGCAAAAGGAUAAAAAAAGCAUAUCCUAUUCUAUAGAUAAUGAAAGUAUUCAGUAA